GCGGCUUUGGCCCGGAUGUCCGGGCGCUGCGACCGGGUCGGCUGAUCCACGAACCUCUCCAAGGAAACCUACAAGCUGCCGAUGGCUGUCGAUAUUCAACCAGCAUGCCUUGGACUUUAUUGUGGGAAGACCCUGUUAUUUAAAAAUGGCUCAACUGAAAUAUAUGGAGAAUGUGGGGUGUGUCCAAGAGGACAGAGAACAAAUGCACAGAAAUAUUGUCAGCCUUGCACAGAGUCUCCAGAACUUUAUGAUUGGCUCUAUCUUGGAUUUAUGGCUAUGCUUCCUCUUGUUUUACAUUGGUUCUUCAUUGAAUGGUACUCAGGGAAAAAGAGUUCCAGUGCCCUUUUCCAACACAUCACUGCAUUAUUUGAAUGCACUAUGGCAGCUAUCAUCACCUUACUUGUGAGCGAUCCAGUCGGUGUGCUUUAUAUCCAUUCAUGUCGAGUAUUGAUGCUUUCUGAUUGGUACACCAUGCUUUACAAUCCAAGUCCAGAUUAUGUUACCACAGUGCACUGUACUCAUGAAGCUGUCUACCCACUAUACACCAUUGUAUUUAUCUACUAUGCAUUCUGCUUGGUAUUAAUGAUGCUGCUCCGACCUCUUCUGGUAAAGAAGAUUGCCUGCGGGUUAGGGAAAUCUGAUCGAUUUAAAAGUAUUUAUGCUGCACUUUACUUCUUCCCAAUUUUAACCGUGCUUCAGGCAGUUGGUGGAGGCCUUUUAUACUAUGCCUUCCCAUACAUUAUAUUAGUAUUAUCUUUGGUUACUCUGGCUGUGUACAUGUCGGCUUCCGAAAUAGAGAACUGCUAUGAUCUUCUGGUCAGAAAGAAAAGACUCAUUGUUCUCUUCAGCCACUGGUUACUUCAUGCCUAUGGAAUAAUCUCCAUUUCCAGAGUGGAUAAACUCGAGCAAGAUUUACCCCUUUUGGCAUUGGUACCCACACCGGCCCUUUUUUACUUGUUCACCGCAAAAUUUACUGAACCUUCACGGAUACUCUCAGAAGGAGCCAAUGGACACUGAAUGCAAAAUUCCAAAAAAACCUAAGAAGUGUUCUUAAUAAAAAGAAGUAAAGAAAUUUAAAAAUGUAUUAGUACUCUUCUGUCAUACAUGGCAAUAUGAUUGUCAGUACACCUAAUGUUAUGGGGGGGUUUGUUGUUUGUUUUCUUUUUUUUUAAAGAUUUAUUUAUUUAAUUGAUUGAUUGGUUGCUAUGUUGGGUCUUCGUUUCCAUGCCAGGGCCCUCUCUAGCUGCGGCAAGCGGGGGCCACUCUUCAUCGCGGUGCGCGGGCCUCCCAGUAUCGUGGCCUCUCUCGUUGCGGAGCACAGGCUCCAGACGCGCAGGCUCAGUAAUUGUGGCCCACGGGCCCGGCCGCUCCGCGGCAUGCGGGAUCCUCCCAGACCAGGGCUCGAACCCGUGUCCCCCGCAUCCGCAGGCAGACUCCCAGCCACUGCGCCACCAGGGAAGCCCUGUUUUCUUUUUUUGACUUAACAGAUUUUGUGGUUUGAUGGAAAAUACAAAAUACCAUAAUUCUCCAUUAUGUAGUAUAACACACCAUACACUUAAAGCACACGGUUAUAUUACACUAGAAGCCUAUUAGGAAGCACUUGCCUCUUGCAACAAUUUAGCUAUUCUUUUGUGCAAAAUCAUGUUUCUGUGUACCUAGCAAUGUGUUGUUCCCAUUUUUAUUAAGAAAAACUGUAACAAGUAUAAUCUGAAAUCCUUAGCAUUGGCAUAAUUGUGCAUGCCUGUUGUGUUUCAGUUUGUUUUUCCAGUAUACUGAAUUAUAAAGUCAAAUGUAUUUGUGGGGUCUGAUAGCAAACAUGGAAAUCAAGUAUGUUGUUUUUUGUUAUCUAUUUAUUUUCACCAAUACAGUAUUUUGAUCUAUUACAAAAAUGGAGCAUAAUUUAUAUAACAGGUCUUUUGUUUUAGGUAGUUUGGUUGAAGACAUCUUCAGG